GCCUUCGUGCCACCAGUACAUUAUAUAAUGUAGUGAAUUCGAGAUCGUAUUUUAAAAUAAAUUGCUAAUUUGGUUACAAUAUUUUUCAAACAAUCAAACUUCAGUGGAGCCAUCUAGAUGUAUCCUGUAAAAUUGCUUCCUAACAAAGUAUCCAGGCUCUUGUUCAUAACCAUGUGUAAUUUACUAUAGAUUUAAACUAUUUUUCGCUCCAAUUUCCUGCAAAUGUUGGUAUUGGAUAUAAGCUGGCGUUAUUAAUAUUAACUUUAAAUUUUGAUGUGUACAAUCAUUGCGAAAAUAUGAUUUGUAGCGUUUUACUCAAUGUAAUGUAUUUGCCGUAAGAGCCAUCUACACCAUUACAUCAACAUUUAUAAACUGUAGAAGCCUUACGGUUACCAAUUAAAGGUCCUAUGAAUACUGUAUUUUUUAUAUUAAAAUUAUUCACACCAUCGCUAUAUACUGUAAAUUAGAAGGUAGUUGAAAGAAUUAAAAACUUUUUGGAAGAAGAUUUUUUAUGGAGUUUUUAAGAUAUUUUGUGACGACAUCUAUACACGUAAGAAUGAAUCCCUAUUUUCCUUGGUCACGGAAUCGCCCCUAAAAUGCUGGACCGAUUUCCCUUUUUUUACGGUCUGUAGAAGGUUGUCAGAAAUAAAAUAUAGAUGGAUCUAAAUUAAAUUUAACACAGAUGUAAAGUAUAGUGUCGAAGGUUAUUAAUUAAUUUUUAUUACAAAAAGCAUGGAGCUUUUUCGUGAUGGUUAUGAAAUAAAAAUAACUCAAACCAUUUCUUGUAUGGAGAGGGUGAAAAGGCAGGGGAAGUGGACUAAAAUUAGGCUUCCAGUAUGAUACUUCUUGUGGUGUAUGGCUAUACAUAGGUAUAAUGUAGGACUACCCACAUUAUAGUCAUGCAUUACAUUUUUCAGACGAAACGCCGAUUUGCUUCAACUUCACCUCUGUUCCUGUCUUCUAUGUGGUCGUGGUGUUGCACCGGGCGAGCUUGCCCAUUCCUGCAAUGAUUAGAAAAAAGGACCGACCGCUUUUGGCUGAAUUCCAUGAAUUAUUUACUCUGUUGUGUUCUAUGUUACAGAAAUGGUGCGAAUGCAACGUGCACAUGUGAAUUUCGACUGCUGAGUUUUUUAACAUUAUGUUCCCUGCGGCUCUCCAAGCAGUUUCUCGUCUGUAAAGAGCUAAAAAGAUAAGGAAGCAUUGAAGUUGAACCUAAUGUAUAACACAUAAUAAUAUGUAAAAUUUGAGUAUAAGGGGAAGUCCCCCAGCGCCGGACGGCACCUAGCACCGGACACUUGCAUUAUUUCGGUAAUCGAGUGAUUCAAGGACUUAUGAUAGGGAUGCGAGGGAACGUAACAAUAAACUCACGAAACGCGAUUAGCCUGGUCAACAGCGGGCUCGGUUUAUUGAUUUUUUUUUUGAUGAAAACAGUGCGUCACGGAACAUUCCGAUGUGUGCUACAACGAUUUCUAAUAUAUUUCUAGAAUGCAAUUUAAUUAUUCACACGAUUCUCUGUGCCCUACUAUAAAACACAGAAAAGUCCCCUGACGCCGGAUAUUGAACAUGUAUUAUUUUUCCCUUCAGGAUUGUUUUUUUUUAUAGUAAUUAGUUCAGAAGAUUUGAGAACGAAGCAAAAGUGUAACGGAAGCAAAUAAAACAAAAGGAAAUUGGGACCAAGCAAGUUUACUAAAUGCGCUUAUAAGUUGCAAAACCCAAAGGAAAAAAGGAAAAGUAUGCUUAUAAUAAAAUAUAAAACCGACAGGCCCGAAAUGGAUACCAUAUUUAGGAUGCAGCAAUGUUGUAAACGAGUUGACUAUCCAACAUGGUUCACAAUGGAAGGCUCUCUCAGCUUUGGCGAAGGAAUUCUCAACUUCUGUCCUGGGCCUAAAAAUGGGAAUGGAACUGGUUGUUGUUGUAUACGGAGAGAAAAAUAUUCGACAAGUGUUCACGGAGAAGGAAUUCGAAGGCAGGCCAGAUAACUUUUUUAUAAGACUGCGUUGUCUUGGAAAGAGAUUGGGUAUAACAUUUGCUGAUGGCCCUUUGUGGAGAGAGCAAAGAUUGUUUGCGGUAAAACAGUUAAGGAGUGUUGGCUUUGGAAAAUCUAAAAUGGAGAAAGAGAUUCAAAAUGAGAUGAUGAGUAUAUUGAAAUGCUUUAAGAGGUACCGCGGAAAACCCUGCGAUCCCCAAAACGUGUUGGCGACAUCCGUUAUGAAUGUUCUAUGGACUUACAUUGCUGGAGAGCGUAUAGAAGAGAAACGUUUAAAGUAUUUGCUGGAAUUAUUGAGUGCACGAUCUAAGGCAUUCACGAUAGCUGGAGGUUUGCUGAACCAAGCACCUUGGUGCAGAUUCAUAUUUCCCGAAUUGAGUGGUUAUUCUCUUAUAAAUAGGAUGAACGAGCAAAUAUCUGCUGUUAUCGAGGAACACAUUGAAAAACAUAAAAAGAGGCUGGUUGCAGGAAGUGAUUUCAUAUAUUCAUUUUUAGAAGAAAUGGAAAGUAAAAGAGAAGGCUUCACAGAGGAGCAAUUAAAAACGAUAUGUCUCGAUGUACUUAUCGCUGGAUCGCAAACAACUAGUAACGUACUAUCGUUUGCGCUGCUUACUUUAUUGAGAAACAGGGAUAUACAAGAUAAAAUAUACAAGGAGAUAAAUCAGAUUUUGGGCACCGCACCACCAACUUGGUCUGAUGUUAGCAGGCUGGUCUACACAAAUGCAUUCCUUCAAGAAGUCUAUCGUUAUUACACGAUUGUACCUUUAAUGGGUCCCCGACGUACACUAGCUGAUACAUUCAUAGACGGUUACUUUAUACCAAAAGAAACGACAGUCCUCAUGGCAGUUGGUGAUUUACAUAUCGAUCCGAGGAUAUGGUGCGAACCGAAGAAAUUUAAGCCGGAGAGAUUUAUAGAUCAACGAGGCGCAUUGAAAAAUAUUGAGCAUUUGUAUCCGUUUGGUUUAGGUCGUCGCCGAUGCCCCGGAGAUACUUUGGCAAAGUCCUUCGUUUUCAUCGUGUUUGUUGGCAUCCUGCAGAAGUUUGAAGUCGACAGCAUCGACUGCAAGCUUCCAUCGUUGGAACCAAUAAUCGGUUUAAUUUCGGCGCCCAGACCGUAUUCGGCUGUGUUUACGCUUCGCCGUAAUUAAUACAGAAACUUUCUUUUAAAAAUCUAUUUUCUUUUAAGUAUGAAGCUAAAAAGCUUAUCAAUGGGGUUAUGGUUUUUUUUCUUAUUUUAA